AUGGCUACUCUAAUUCCUCGCUCUGGAAAGGUCUACUCUAUUCAAGAAGUUGCUAAACACAACACUGAAGAUGAUAUCUGGAUCAUCAUAGACGGGAGGGUAUACGAUAUGACAGACUACGUUGAUGGUCACCCUGGUGGAAAACGUAUCUUGAUGUCCGUUGCUGGCAAAGAUGCUACUCAACAAUUCGCAAACUUCCACAACAUUUUGUCUGUUAUGGCCCGUUUCGGAAACAAGCUCUACAUUGGAGAGCUCGACAAUGCUCACAAGGAACCACCGAAACCAAAGACUGAAUUGUUUGGUGAUCUUGUUCCUUACGGAGACCCAACCUGGUACCAAGGAUGGAAAUCACCCUACUACAACGACUCUCACCGCAGACUGCGUGAAUACAUGAGAAACAUCAUUGAAACCGAAUUGAAGCCCUUCUCUGACGAAUGGAGUGAGGCUGGUCAAGUACCAAAAUCUGUGUACAAGUCGUGGGGAGAACGUGGUCUUUUGACUUGUUUCACUGGAAUGAGACCCUGGCCAAUGGCCUACGUAAAGGCUCCCCCACCAUGUGGUAUUAAGCCUGAAGAAUGGGAUACAUUCCAUUGGCUGGUUGUCCAAGAUGAAUUGGCCCGAGCCACUUCACCAGCAUCCUCCAACUUGACUUUGGGACCAUCCAUUGCUCUUCCAGCCAUCAUCAACUUUGGUAACCAACAUCAAAAGGACAAGAUCCUCCCUGAGGUCAUGGCCGGAGACAAGGUUGUUUGUCUUGCUAUCUCAGAACCUUUUGCUGGUUCCGAUGUCGCAAACAUCACCACCACCGCCGUCAAGACCCCAGACGGCAAGCACUACAUUGUAAACGGAGAAAAGAAAUGGAUCACAUGCGGUACCUACGCAGACUACUUCGUCACUGCCGUCCGUACCGGUAACAAGGGCGCAACCGGCAUGAGUGUCCUCAUCAUAGAAAGACAACCUGGCCUCAAAACCAGAAUCUUGCCAACCCAAGCUGGAACAUCCAGUGGACAAGCUUACGUUACUUUCGAGAACGUUAAAGUCCCAGUCGAGAACCUCCUCGGUGUAGAAAACCAAGGUUUCAAAGUGUUGAUGUUCAAUUUCAACAAGGAACGACUUUCCAUUUGCAUGGGUGUUCCAAGAUCCGCACGAGUUUGUUUCGAGGAGGCAAUGAAAUACGCAAACAAGCGUAAAACUUUCGGCCAAUACUUGAUUGAACAUGGUGUUAUCCGUAACAAAUUCGGACACAUGGCAAGAAUGAUUGAAGCCACGCAAGCAUGGCUAGAACUUACAUGUUACCAAUGGGACAAGAUGUCCAAGAAGGAAGCUGACGAGAAGCUUGGAUCUUCCAUUGCCUUGCUCAAGGCACAAUGCACACAAACCUUUGAACUAUGCGCACGAGAAGCAUCUCAAAUUAUGGGUGGCAUUGCAUACACUCGCGGUGGUCAAGGAGGUGUUGUCGAACGUCUCUACAGAAAUGUCCGUGGUGCUGCUAUUCCAGGCGGUUCUGAAGAAAUCAUGCUUGAUUUCGGUAUCAGACAAGGUUUGAAGAUUGCUCGUGCCCAAGGAGCAAAGAUUUAA